AUGAGUGAAAAUAAAGAUAAACAAGAUAUUAAUAAACAAAAUAGUAAUAAUAAUAAUAAUAAUAAUAAGUCAACAACAACAACAACAAAUAAUAAUAAUAUAGAGAAUAAAGAUGUUAUAGCAAGUGUAGAUGUUUUAGUUGAUAAAGUAGUAGUUUCAUCAGAGACAUCCGAAGGUUCAAAUGUGGUGGCGGUAGAGAAUGAAAGAGAGUUGGAGAUACGCUCAAUGAUAUCGGGUACAGAGUAUGGCGGUCCACCAAAGAAAACUAUCUACUUGGAGGACGAUCCGAUGAUAUUCGACCCGAGUGACGCUCAACUCAAAGAGGAUAUCAUUCGUAUGAUCAUACAAGCACCACUACAAGGUGUCGCAAAUGAAAAAGAUGAAGAAAGCGAUUAUCGAGGGCGAUUGGACAGAGGUCGAGAAACUCUGCUCAAAGACAACCUUUAA